AUCAUGCCGAGCCCGCGCGCACGGAGCCCGAGGAGAGAUCUGAGCUUUGUCACGCAGUUUGUCAUUAAAAACAGUUUUCACUAAUGCUGCUGCGGAUGAACUUAAUUUCUGUCUCGGAUUUUCAUCAUGGGAAACUGUGAACUUUAAGGGAAGAGGUUUGGAUACGACCCACGCGUAAUUGCGCACAAGAAAGUGGCCCAUUAGCAGCUCCCCGUGCGCACUGAUCUCACCACUGGAUCCUCUGAUAUGGAUCAGUCUCAACAGUGUGUAGCCAUGUAUCUGCUGGUGCUCUCCCUCGGACUUCUGAUGGACAGGGGGAUUUGUCAGCACUAUUACCUUCUCCGGCCCAUCCCGAGUGACAGUCUGCCGCUUGUGGAAUUAAUAGAGGACCCGGACCCGGUCUUCGACCCCAAGGAGCGGGACCUUAACGAGACCGAGUUGAAGAGCCUCCUGGGAGACUUUGACAGCCGCUAUUUGUCCGUUUUGCCGCCGGUGGAGGACAAAUACACUGGGAACGACGAACUCGAUGACUUCGAGGUGCAAAAACCCGGUGGAGUACUGCCGAAAGAGAUCCGCGCGUUGGAUUUCGACGUGCAGUUCGGCAAGAAGCUCAAGCCCAGUAAGAAACUGAAGCGGCGGCUGCAGCAGUGGCUGUGGGCGUACUCGUUCUGCCCGGUCGUGUACACGUGGACCGACUUGGGGAACCGAUUCUGGCCGCGAUUCGUGCGCGUGGGCAGCUGCCUCAGCAAAAGGUCGUGUUCGGUUCCGGAGGGCAUGGUGUGUAAACCUGCGAACUCGACCCACCUGACGAUACUGAGAUGGAGAUGCGUGCAGAGGAAAGGGGGACUGAAAUGCGCCUGGAUACCGGUGCAGUACCCGAUCAUCACAGACUGCAAAUGCUCCUGCUCAAGUUAAAACAUUGACUCUAAAUAAUAAAUUAUAAGCUCAUUAUUUUUGUGAUUCUUUUUUCACGUGCACUACCGAGUGUAGGAAUGUAUUUUCUGUAUAUGCGGUGCCAUGCAGUUAUAUAUAGCUCCCUGUACAAAGUCAGUAUUAUUUGUAACCAGAGCCUACUUUAUUUGUGGAGAAUAUUGGUUAUAUAUUUUGUAUUUAUGGAGAUAUGGCGCAUAGAGCCACGUAAGAACUCCCUGUUUUCCAUAUUUGGGUGAAGCAGAUC